AUGCCAGUGUCCAGGGAGAAGAUGCGGCCGUGGUUGGUGAGGAUGAUCGAGUCCAAAAGUGUGGCCGGUCUGACUUGGUUGGACAAGGAGAAGACCAUGUUCUCCAUUCCUUGGAAGCAUGCGGCUCGCCACGGCUGGGACAUGAAUAAGGAUGCGUCUUUGUUCAAGAUGUGGGCCAUCCACACAGGAAAAUACAUGGAGGGCAACUCUCCCGAUGCCAAGACGUGGAAGGCCAACUUCCGCUGCGCCAUGAACUCGCUUCCCGACAUCGAGGAGGUAAAGGACAAGAGUGUCAACAAGGGCCAGUCGGCCAUGCGGGUCUUCCGGAUACUGCCCCAGAAACCUAAAGAAAAACGAAGCAAAGCAAAAGCUAAGUCCAGGAAGCAGGUCAAAUUUGUGGCCGAGGACAGUGACUACAGCGAUACCCAAUCACCACUUAACCCUCAGCGGUUGCAUGAUGAACUGCCGUCCCCUCAGGAGAAUGUGGUGGACAGCACGGUGGGCGUGAACAAUAAAGAAGGUUUUAAUCCAUUUGAGUUGAACGCGCACCUGCCCGGCAGCUUUGAAGAGAAAUUUCAAAUUUCACCUGAACACAGCCCCGAUUACGAAUACGACAUAGUGGAGAUUUGCCAGCAACUGGAAAGAGAAGCACAGAAAAUGAAUUUUUAUGACAACAAGGAGUUCCUGAGUCCGCACUACAGUCCAGGGAGCCAAUGGAGCGAUUCCUCAGCCGACGACUCGGAUGAACCGUCGCGAAUGUACACCACGCUGAGCACGGAAAUCCCCUUGUCAUCGUACGACUCCUGGAGCGACCUCCACUCCCAGUCAUUCGGCAGCUUCCGUUCAGAACCCAACGACGUUUCUUCAUUGGACUUUACGAAUUUUUCUCCAUUUAUAAUGUGA